CAUUGCACAGAAUACUGCAAUACGUCACUGGCUAUGCAUAAACAAACCACCUAAUGAUAUAAAUAUUACUUACAGAAAAGCCGUACACAUGGUGCCGAAUAAAAUUAUUGUAGGCGUAUUUUUUGGAGGAGCCUUUUUAAUUCAAAAAGGAAUUUUUGGAACUAUCAUCAAUUCCGAUGCAUUAUCCGACGGGACAUGUCACUCGGAGAAACUGGAAAUUGAGAUUUCAAUGAUGUGUAACAUUAAGAACCUCAAAAUUAACAUAGUUUCAGAUGUUCUAGCUGACUGCAUAUUUAUCGGUAAUGGCAGAUUAUUAUGCCAUACAGCGGAUUCUGUGCAGUAUUACCACGACAAUAACAGAGGAAUUUUGACCUUUACGACACCAUUUAACCACUCAAUUCAUGCUGGUUAUCCGCUGUGGGUGAACACGACCUGUCAUAAUAUUAGUGUACAUGAAAAGAUUCUUCUAAGGCCUUGUCUUUCUGAGUUUCGAACAAUGGCGUACCAUAACAACACGCACGUUACUAUUUUAUGUGAGCAUGCGUCCUUCAGAUUCUCCCAUAAAGGUAUACGCAUUGUGAGCAAAGAAGAUUUGGCACACUGCAGAUGGCACAAAGAAAAUCAAACGAACCAUUGUUAUGAUGAUGCUGAAGCUCUUGCCAAUGGGGCAAAGUAUACUACACCAUAUACACAGGGAAUGAACAUCACAUGUAAAUUCGACGAGCAGUCAAUAGAGAUUACUCCCAAACAACAAACAACAACUAAAACAACACAAAUGACAACUAGGACCACCAAAAAACAAUCGGCUUCCAUGUCAUUAAAAAGCGAAGAUAAUGGACAAACAAUGGCGACCUGCUCAGCGAUUUUGGUCUGUAGUUUGUGUAUCUUCUACUUCAUCCCUAGAGACAUUUUGAUUUGAAAAGUGGAAAAACCAAGGAGUUUCAUAUAUCCCUCGUGAUAUCCGUGUCUAGAACUCAUCGUCUGUCAAAAGUGAAUUGAUUAUCCCUAGCAUAACAACCAGAUAAUGGGGAAAAACUCAAACUUUCGUCAUCCUGGAGUUACUGUGCUCUAGAGAUAUUCGUUUUUUUCAGUUGCAUCUUGGAGGCGAUGGUAUGACAGAAUUUUAAAGUUUAAGCCACUGAGAAUGAGAGGUCAGUUUUUCAAUCGGUAAUCCUCAGCUGACUCUGCUACGCUCCACACAAACCUCGGAUGUGAUUGGUGGAGGAAUGUGCAUCAGAUCGAUGAAUUUCUCCGCCCGAAGUACCUUUAAAUUGUUUUGCUUUUCGCAUUGAAUAAUUCCACCCAAAAAACUCUCUUGUUAAUGUAUAUUUGUCUUGAUGACUACCUCCUUUUAGGAGUAAUUGAAAGCAGAAUGUCACAAAGUAAAUCGGAAUUCAAAGGAAUAAUACUUAGAGAUAUUUCGGAUUUGAUCAAAUGAUUGUAGAAGCAAAACGGUUGAACAUCGUUCACAUCCGGGAUAGGUGUGAGGGGUCCGAGCAACAGAAGGAGCUCCAAGUGACCAGUUUUAGCUGAUUCGAAAUAAGAAAGCAAUAACUGUAAAAAUGUAACAAUAAGUGCAAGUUUAAUGACCUUAUUAGAGACUACAAUAUGCGAGUUAGAGAGUUGCGGUGAUAAGACACUUGCUCAUAUUUUUAAUUUUCUACCAAUAAUAGGACAACAGCAUAUUAGGUGCCUUUGUGCUAAAUUAUACGAUCUUUCGAUAGGUUGGAAAGCAGUUCCUGUCACUUUUCUACCGUAUGAAUUUUCUUUAAUCUAAAUAAAGAUCUUGUUUCUUUGUAUUUUAGGAGGUCUGUGAUCACAAUAUGACAACAUGUACACAUGUAGUUCUAAAAUACGCUAAGAAUGCAUAUUAAAGGACAUAUUGCAAAAUCAGUUAAACUUUAAGACAGAAGCAGGAAUAUUUAUUCACAUCCAAGAAUAUUUUAAAAUGUGGUGAUGCUUUAAAGCCCGGUUUCAAUGGAAAAUAUAUAUCGUCUACCCUCCUUAUUUAAUGAGCUGGAAUUAGGGGUCAUUAACUAUUUAACACUGGUAUUAAAAUUAUCAGUCAUAACCAUUGAACUGGUCUUUGCAUUCAACAAAGAUUUUACGGCCAAAUUGCCAUUAGUAUUGAAUUAAAUUGGUGUAAAAUGUAGGCGGGAAUCGACAGUUAGCAUGUUCUUCCUGGCUUGUUUGAUGCACAUCUAUCGCCGCUACUAUACGAUACAGCGUGGGAAAUGUUUACACAAUAAGGCGAUCUGUUGACUAAGCUUUAAUCCGAUUUAUGUUUUCUGCGUUAAUUAAAUAUGUCAAUUUCAAUGAACAAAACUAGUUUGCA